AUGAGUAAUUUGUCAACGGAAACACCAACAGCAGCAGCUGCGCAUGAAUGGCUCCAAUCCUUCCACCGCAUGGGCGAUUCCCUUUCUCCUGAAAUAUGGGUUGAGACUUUCUACGCCCCCGACUGCACAAUGCAGUUCCUCGGCCAGCCACCAGUGCAUGGCCACGCCGAGAUUAUCGCGCAUUUCCGGCGCCAGUUCGCCCGCCUCGAGAGCAUGAAGCAUACUAUCCGCCAUGUUGAUGUCACACACGAUCGCAUCUAUCAGGAAGCCACGGUCACCUAUGUCGUCAAGGGAGAUCCUGAGCAGCGGCCGAUCGAAGCGCACGGCCUUGCUGUUUUUGGAAAAGGGGUAGAGGAGAGCCAGAUUAAGUUCUUCACCGUCUAUCUCAAUUUGGGGUUAUUGCGAGAGAGAAUGACGGAGAUCUUGGGCUGA